GUACAUUUUUACAACAAAAUAUACAAAAUGAUGCAGGAAUACGAUGAUGAUUUCUUUUUUGAGGAGGACAAAAUGGACAAUCCAGUUUAUCUUUUGUUUGAUUUCGAGUGAGUCGGUUCUGUGUUGAGUUUCGAAAUCGUGUUGUGAGCAAUGUGGCAGGCACCAAAUGAGUACUUUAAUUACAACGACAUGAGGAUCUAUCCCCAACUGUAUAUGAUGGCCCAACACAUUGAAGAUAAAAUGGGAAUGACAGUAACUUCUGGCAGCAUAGUGUUAAGCAAAGAUGAGAAGAAUCUUAUCGGAAUAAGCAUAGGUGGUGGUGCCCCUUUGUGCCCGUGCCUUUAUAUCGUACAGAUCUUCGACAACACCCCAGCAUCUAGAGAUGGUACACUUCAAAGCGGAGAUGAACUGGUUGGGGUAAAUGGCCAGUCGGUCAAAGGGAAGACGAAGGUUGAGGUGGCCAAGAUGAUACAGGCUGCUAAGGAUGAAGUGACGAUAAACUAUAACAAACUCCACGCAGACCCAAAGCAAGGUAAAUCUCUGGACAUUAUAAUGAAGAAGGUGAAACACAGGCUGGUGGAGAACAUGUCUUCUGGUGCCGCUGAUGCUCUGGGCCUGUCUAGAGCCAUACUCUGUAAUGAUACACUAGUCGCCAAGUUGGAUGAACUGAGGGAAACUGAAGCGACGUAUAAACGAUUGGUGGAUUAUGCUAAGAGAAUGCUAAAGUCCUACUUCGAUCUCCUCCAAACCUAUAAAGCCGUUGGCGACAUCUUCGCCGCUAUAGGUGUAAGAGAGCCUCAACCCAGAGCUUCUGAAGCUUUCUCAAAGUUCGGCCAGUAUCACAGGUUGUUGGAAAGAGACGGGAUUAAGAUGCUGAAGGCUUUGAAACCAAUUCUAGCAGACAUGGGUACGUAUCUAAAUAAAGCUAUACCAGACACUAAACUGACCAUCCGCAAAUACGCUGAUACCAAGUUUGAGUACCUCUCCUACUGCUUGAAGGUUAAAGAGAUGGAUGAUGAGGAGUACGGAUAUAAUGCUCUGCAAGAACCGCUUUAUAGAGUCGAGACUGGCAACUAUGAAUACAGGUUAAUACUAAGAUGCAGACAAGACGCUAGAGCAAGGUUCGCUCGACUAAGAUCCGAUGUUCUCGUGAAAUUGGAGCUUUUGGACAAUAAGAAAACACAAGACGUGGCCUAUCAGCUGAGAAGGUUCAUUAAAGGACUUGCUGUUUAUCAUAAUGAAACAGUUGAGCAUCUUAAAGAGAAUUCGACAUUGUUCCCUGUCGAAGUUGAUUUAUCUCAAAAUGCCUUCCAAUAUAAGUCCACUGCUCAGAUAAUUCAGGACAACCCAGACGAUGAUGAAGAAAUAGAAUACGGAAAAGAAAUACAAGAAUAUCACGACAUUUCUGAGGAUAUAAAAGAAGCAAGAGUAACGAACAGACGACAGAAUAAAGACAAAGAUGAAACCGAUUCUUCUGACCAACUCCUACCAGAUUUUGAAUCGGAUAAAACCAAAAAUGACAAUAUUGAUAAUCUUUCUCUUCUGAAAGAACUUGGAUUAGAAGAUACAAAUGUUGCAGAGGAUUUUGGUGAUUUCCAAAAUGGAAUGGCUGAUUUUACACCGAGAAAUGAUAAUGAUGAUAUUUUUGAUAAAUUGUUAAGGGAUUUGGAUAUUGAGAAGUAGUUUGAUAGGGUGUUUAUUAUUGUUACGUAAUCGUGUUUAUAUUAUAAUUA